GUACAUACUAUAAUUGUAAUUAAUGUUGGAACUCUAAAUGAGAUGUCUAGUGACCAGGAACCUAAAAUUAACUUUAGAUUAAAAAUGUUGCGAUUGUAUCUUUGAAAUACAUAAAUAAACUCAUAUUUCAAUAAUUAAACUCAUUAAUAUACCGUCCGGGGUUCAAAACCCCGUUAAUAAAGAAAUGAAAAAAACAUAAUUUAUUUACUUAAAAUGAAAAUCAUCAAAAUUUUACUACUCCUUUGCAUUGUCUCUUCAGUGUUCACACAACUCACAUAAAGUGCUCCACCAUCUGGUCAACGUAAGAUGAUUAAAUUAAUUUAAUCUAGCUGGCUCUGGAACAUCAGGCUCGACAUAAGGUGCCCCUACUGGUCAACAAGGAUAAUAAAAUACAUCUGGUAUCUAAUAAUAUCUUAUGAUUUUUAGGUGGCUAAUAACCAGGAGGCCAAUAAUAAGGUGGAAUGUAAUAAGGUGGUAUGCAAUAAGGUGGCCAGUAAGGUGGUCAAUAAGGUGGUCAAUAAGGCGGUCAAUAAGGUGGUCCAUAAACAGGAGGAAAGGCCAAGAAAUGCUUACCAACAUAAGCUUAAGGACAAUAAUAAGGAACAUAAUAGGGUUAAUAAUCAGGACAAUAAUAACCAACUUAAUAAACCCUACCUGGAAAUCAACUACCAGGAACUUAAACAACUCAAUAAUAACCUCCAACUGGAACAUAGUAAUAACCAACAGGUACUUAAUAACCUCCAACUGGAACAUAAUAAUAACCAACAGGAACUUAAUAACCUCCAACUGGAACUUAAUAAUAGCCAACAGGAACAUAAUAACCAGGUGGAACUUAAUAAUAACCAGGUGGAUAAAUGGGAUAAGGUGGAUAAGGCUAAAUGGGAUAAGGUGGAUAAGGUUAAACCGGAUAAGGCGGAUAAGGAUAAAUGGGAUAAGGCGGAUAAGGAUAAAUGGGAUAAGGAGGAUAAGGUUAAACCGGAUAAGGUGGAUAAGGAUAAAUGGGAUAAGGAGGAUAAGGAUAAGGAGGAUAAGGAUAAGGAGGAUAAGGAUAAGGUGGAUAAGGAUAAGGAGGAUAAGGUAAACCUCAAGCACCUCCUUAAUCAAAAGGAUAAUGGAAUGAAGACUCAGAAUAAUAAGAACAAUGUGUUGAAGUUGAAGUCACUUGUGCCGAUACUGAAGUUGUUUUCAAAAAUAGAUGUGUAGCUUAAACAUGUGAAAACUUAGACAAAGUUUAAAGCAAAUAAGAAGGUGGAAAGAAAAAGCUUCCAAUAAAAUUUGAUGGAAAAGCUGACUUCAAUGACAAUAAAGAUGUUGUUGUACAACUUGUAUUCCCUGAUUAAAAAGAUAAAUCUCUUGUUAAAUCAGAUGGGAAUGCCAAUGCUUGUGUAGAAAGAUCAAUAUACAGAUAUAGACCAAGUUUCUUAAGUGAAACAUUAGAUGAAUCAACUAUUACAAGCAGUUAUGAUGAUGAUAAAUAAUUAAGAACUUGGGAAUUCACAAUCUUGAAUGCAGAUCUUGAUAGCAAAUUAUUCAAAGAUGAAUAAAUUGACAAGAUUGUUUAUACUGGUUACUAUUCAGUCAAACUCACAAUCUAAGAGAAGAAAUUAGCAUAAUUCUUCUUCACAUUCUUUGUUGCAGUUGAUUUAGAUGGAAAUGUAUUAUCAGCUAAAGCUACAUCUGAAGCUUAAGAUGAUACUCCUGCUUGUGCAACUGAAGAUAAUUGUGUUUCAAGAGCAGAAACUGAAGUUGGAUUCUGUAGUGAUUAAACCUGUUCAACUCUAGUUGAUUAACCAUAAGUCUAUGCUAAAUAAAAUUUCUAUGUUGUUCAAAGAGUCAAAUAAACAGGAUUUGAAUAAUGGAAAGUCGGAGAUGCUGAUGUCACUAUUACAGGUGAUGGAGUCAAUAAAAAAUUGAAGCCCACUUCAUAAUAAAAACAAGCUGGAUAAACUAUUUAUACAUUAAAUGUUGAUCUGAUUGCUAAUAAUGUUGAAUUCUCAGUCAAUGGUAAACUUGAAGAUCCAGCUGCAGCUAGAAGAUUUAGAUUCUUAGAAGACGCUACAACUACUGAUGGUGCUGAAGUCUCUUCUGCUAAAGCUGUUGGUUCUACUACUGUAGAAUGUAUUAAAAAAGAUGCCAAUUCUUAAUGCCCAACAGCUGAAGAAGCUAAGUAAUACAACAAACCAGAUUGCGGAACUAUUGAAUAAACUGAAUGUGAAGAAUAUGGAUACAUCUGGUCUUUUAUGAUGUUUGCCAUCAUCAUGUUUAUCUAAUGAUAAAUUAUUUACAUCAUUCAAGAACAAAAAUCAAA